AUGGAAGAAAAGCAGUUAGAUUUUAAUCAGCCAUUUUUAUCAGCGAGGAGGUUCUCACCGAAAGUGGCCUCUGAAACUGAUAAGAAAAGCAAAACCACCAGCAGCAAUUCAUCAGCAAGAUUACCUCCUCUUCCUACUUGUAAAUCAGAUUUGAAAUCAGGUCCAUUGAGCCAUCCUGGAGCUGUUCCUUUCAUAUGGGAGCAGACUCCUGGAAGACCCAAGAAUGAAGGAAAAUUACCAACAUUUGGUGUUGAACAGCCUCCUCUUGCUCCAAAUCUUCCUCCUGGGAGGGCUUCAAGAGUUAAACAUCAAGAUUCUGAUCAAAUUCCUAAACGAAGUACUGUUUCUAAGAGUGCAACAAAACAUAAGAUUCUAAAAGAGGCAAUCCAGGAAAAGGAUAGUUCUAAUUCAGAUGAUGGAGAUGAGGCCUAUCAGGAUGCACUUGAUACACUUUCCACAACUGAAUCAUUCUUCAUGAACUGCAGUGCCAGUGGCUUGAGUGGGUUGGAUGAUCAAGAAAUACAGCCCUCUGGAAGCUUUUCUGGUGAUCAACAGGCACGCAACUUCAUGAUUGGUCGGUUUUUGCCUGCAGCAAAGGCAAUGGCUUCUGGAUCACUUCAAUAUACCUCAAGGAAGCCACCUGUUGCAGAGGAAGAACCACGGCAGGUUAAGAAAGUAGUAAGCAGACAGAGAUUUUGGUGA